GGGCAGCGAAGUUGCGGAUCCGGUUAGGUCGGGCGGGUCGGCGGCUGGAGGGAAUACGAGGAGCCCCAGGGGCUGCGGCGGCGGCAGCAUGGUGGGGCCGGAGAAGGAGCAGAGCUGGAUCCCUAAGAUCUUCAGGAAGAAGGUGUGCACGACGUUCAUAGCGGACCUCGGCGAUGAUGCGGGAGGGACCUUGUGCCAGUGUGGGCAGCCUCGGGAUGCCCACCCGUCCGUGGCCGUGGAGGAUGCCUUUGGGGCAGCCGUGGUUACGGAGUGGAGCAGUGAUGAGCACACUACCGAGAAGCCCACGGACGCCUACGGGGACCUGAACUUCAUAUACUCUGGCCGCAAACUCAGCAACUUCCUCCGGCUGUCUGACCGCACGGAUCCAGCCACUGUGUACAGCCUCGUCACUCGCUCUUGGGGCUUUCGUGCCCCAAAUUUGGUGGUGUCCGUGCUGGGGGGUUCGGGGGGCCCCGUGCUCCAGACCUGGCUGCAGGACUUUCUGCGUCGUGGGCUGGUGAGAGCGGCCCAGAGCACAGGGGCCUGGAUCGUUACAGGAGGACUGCACACAGGAAUAGGCCGACAUGUGGGUGUGGCCGUGAGGGACCACCAGACAGCCAGCACCGGGGGCAGCAAGGUGGUGGCCAUGGGUGUGGCCCCCUGGGGUGUGGUCCGGAACAGAGACAUGCUGAUCAACCCCAAGGGCUCAUUCCCUGCGAGGUACCGCUGGCGAGGUGACCCUGAGGAUGGAGUUGAGUUCCCCCUGGACUAUAACUACUCAGCUUUCUUCUUGGUGGAUGACGGCACAUACGGCCGCCUGGGUGGCGAGAACCGCUUCCGCCUUCGGUUUGAGUCCUACAUGGCCCAGCAGAAGACUGGAGUGGGAGGGACUGGAAUCGACAUCCCCGUGCUCCUUCUUCUCAUCGAUGGUGACGAGAAGAUGUUGAAGCGGAUAGAGGACGCCACGCAGGCUCAGCUGCCCUGCCUCUUGGUGGCUGGCUCUGGGGGUGCUGCAGAUUGUCUGGUGGAGACCUUGGAGGAUACUCUAGCCCCAGGGAGUGGAGGACUCAGGCGAGGCGAAGCCCAGGAUCGGAUUAGGCGUUACUUCCCUAAGGGGGACCCUGAGGUCCUGCAGGCCCAGGUAGAGAGGAUCAUGGCCCGAAAGGAGCUGCUGACGGUCUACUCAUCAGAAGACGGUUCGGAGGAGUUUGAGACCAUCGUUCUGAGGGCUCUUGUGAAAGCCUGCGGGAGCUCUGAGGCGUCCGCUUACCUGGAUGAGCUGCGUUUGGCUGUGGCUUGGAACCGCGUGGACAUUGCCCAAAGUGAACUUUUCCGUGGGGACAUCCAAUGGAGGUCCUUCCACCUGGAGGCCUCUCUCAUGGAUGCUCUGCUGAAUGACAGGCCUGAAUUCGUGCGCCUGCUCAUCUCCCACGGCCUUAGCCUGGGACACUUCCUGACCCUCCCGCGCCUGGCCCAGCUAUACAGUGCGGUGUCCCCUAACUCACUCAUCCGCAGUCUUCUGGACCAGGCAUCACAUGUCGGCAGCGGCAAAAACCCACCCGGAUCUGUGGAGCUCCGGCCUCCUAAAGUAGGGCAAGUUCUGAGGACGCUGCUGGGGGAAACGUGCGCACCGAGGUACCCUGCCAGGAGUGCCCGGGACUCCCAGCUGGGCCAGGACUGCAAAGAGAGGGCCUCUCUGCUUAUGGACUGCGCCACUCUGCCAUCCACAGACGCCAGCUUUGAGCAAGCCCCCUGGACUGACCUGCUUAUUUGGGCUCUGUUGUUGAACCGGGCCCAGAUGGCCAUUUACUUCUGGGAGAAGGGCUCUAACUCAGUGGCCUCUGCUCUUGGGGCCUGUCUCCUGCUUCGAGUGAUGGCUCGCCUAGAGUGGGAGGCUGAGGAGGCCUCCCGGCGGAAGGACCUGGCGGCCAAGUUUGAGAGCAUGAGUGUGGACCUUUUUAGUGAGUGUUACCACAACAGCGAGGACCGGGCAGCCCGCCUGCUUCUGCGCCGCUGUCCCCUCUGGGGAGAGGCUACCUGCCUCCAGCUUGCCCUGCAGGCCGAUGCCCGUGCGUUCUUUGCCCAGGAUGGGGUACAGUCUCUGCUGACACAGAAGUGGUGGGGGGAGAUGGACAGCACGACACCUAUCUGGGCGCUGCUGAUGGCCUUCUUCUGCCCUCCUCUCAUCUUCACCAGCCUCAUCGCCUUCAGGAAGUCAGAGGAGGAGCCCACGCAGAUGGAGUUGGACUUUGACCUGGACAGCAGCAUCAACGGCGCAGGCCCUGCCGGGUCCGUGGAGCCCUCAGCAAAGGCGGCCCUGGAGAGGCGGAGGCGGCCAGGACGUGCCCGCUGCUGUGGCGGCUGCUCCAAGCGCUGGCGGCACUUCUGGGGCGCCCCAGUGACGGCCUUCCUGGGCAACGUGGUCAGCUACCUGCUGUUCCUGCUGCUGUUCGCACACGUGCUGCUGGUGGAUUUCCAGCCUGCAGCGCCCGGUGCCUCCGAGCUGCUGCUGUACUUCUGGGCCUUCACGCUGCUCUGCGAGGAGCUGCGCCAGGGCCUGGGCGGCGGCUGGGGUAGCCUGGCCAGCGGCGGACCUGGGCCCGGCCGAGCGCCCCUGCGCCACCGUCUGCACCUCUACCUCGCAGAUGCCUGGAACCAGUGCGAUCUGCUGGCGCUCACCUGCUUCCUGCUGGGCGUUGGCUGCAGGCUGACCCCCGGGCUGUAUGACUUGGGACGCACGGUCCUCUGCCUCGACUUCAUGAUCUUCACGCUGCGGCUGCUGCACAUCUUCACGGUGAACAAGCAGCUGGGGCCCAAGAUUGUCAUCGUGAGCAAGAUGAUGAAGGACGUAUUCUUCUUCCUCUUCUUCCUCUGCGUGUGGCUUGUGGCUUACGGGGUGGCCACAGAGGGGAUCCUGAGGCCUCAGGACCGCGACCUACCGAGCAUCCUGCGCCGGGUCUUCUACCGCCCGUAUCUGCAGAUCUUUGGACAAAUUCCCCAGGGAGAAAUGGACGUGGCUCUCAUGAAUCCAGGCAACUGCUCUGUGGAGCGGGGCUCCUGGGCUUCCCCGGAGGGGCGCGUCUCGGGCUCCUGCGUGUCCCAGUACGCCAACUGGCUGGUGGUGUUACUCCUCGUCGUCUUCUUGCUGGUGGCCAACAUCCUGCUGCUCAAUCUGCUCAUCGCCAUGUUCAGCUACACCUUCAGCAAAGUGCAAGGCAACAGCGACCUCUACUGGAAAGCACAGCGCUACAGCCUCAUCCGGGAAUUCCACUCGCGGCCUGCGCUGGCCCCGCCCCUUAUCAUCAUCUCUCAUGCGCGCCUCCUCAUCAGGUGGCUGCGCAGACGUCAUAGGGCCAAUUUACCAGCCUCCCCACUCUACGAGCACUUCCGUGUCUAUCUCUCUAAGGAAGCAGAACGGAAGCUGCUGACUUGGGAGUCUGUGCACAAAGAGAACUUCCUAUUGGCUCAAGCUCGUGACAAACGAGACAGUGACUCGGAGCGCCUGAAACGCACGUCUCAGAAGGUGGACACCGCACUGAAGCAGCUGGGACAGAUGAGAGAGUACGAGCGGCGGCUGAGGGGGCUGGAGAGAGAGGUCCAACACUGUACUCGCGUCCUGAGUUGGGUGGCCGAGGCCCUUAGCCAAUCUGCCUUGCUGCCUCCAGGAUUGCCACCCCCUCCAACCUCACUUGGGUCCAAAGAGUGAGUGUUCCUGGUGGAUCUCUAAGUGUUUGCAUCCUUAGAGCUGGGCCCAGCCUGCCUCAACCUACCCACCCGGAGGCCUUAUCUUCACCAUGUGCCCCAUGCUCACGGGUUGCUGUCCCAACAAACUCAGAGUGUCACCGCAGGAACCCCAGCAGGCCUGGCUCCUCCCAGAGGCAGCCUCACCUUGGGUGGCUCAAGCUCUGAGCUGUCAAUGUUGGCCCCUUUUUGGGGCCAGCCACAAGCAGAGGAGGCCAGAGGGCCCUGGGUGCUGCAGGGGCCACAGGACCUAUCCACAGCUUCCCCACAGUGGGGAAAUAAAACCAUUUGAUGGAAUUCA